AUGUUUCCCUCAUCACUGAUGGAUGAAGUCAUGGCCCAAACAUUCUACCCUGCUGAUGACGAGGUCAGCUUCGAUGCACACUCGAAGCGGGAUGCUCUGUCAAUGUCCCAACCCCUCCAAAGUGACAGUCAACAAGAUAUCGUGGACAGGAACUUAGGCUGUAUCAACAUUGGGAGCGAGAUUGAGGCGAAGACGCGGGGCGCCACAAGACGACGGAUACCAGUCGCAGCAAAGGUUCCCCCAGGACCUGGGUGGCCCUAUCCUGCAAGUGAUAUGGCCUCACGGAUAUACGUGCCUUCCGCAACCCCUUCUAAAAUGGGCGGAUUCCCUAUAAAUCAUUCCAAUCAUCGUGUCUCCUCAUCAUCAAGGGCUUCAGACUACGGAGUGACCCCAGACACUCAGAAUCCCUACGGUCGACAGCCCUUUGGCAUUGACCCUACCAUCAAUUAUGAUGAGGAGUCCUCAAGCCCGUACAAUGUUCAGACAUCUUCCGCCUAUAUUCUGCCAAACUCUCCUCAGGUAUUUAUGCCAGAUUAUUGCCAGCUGGGAUGGAAUUCCAAAAACUGGGCCGCAGUUUUGCCCGGGAGUCGAGCUCCCACCGAAACAAUGUUCUCAGAGAAUGAUGCAGAGAAUUCCCUAAACCAUGCCUAUUCUUAUAUGAACCCCGGACAGGGGCAAACGAAUGGAGCUUCUAGCUUGGGGAUCACCCACGGUUCGCUGGCAUCUUCAGCCCAGGGGACAGAGCGAAUGCUUCCCAACCCCACCAGCCGGAGCAUGCAUUCAGGGAGCAACAGUGGUCCCAUCACAACCACUGACGGGCUACCGUCCGUCCAUACCUAUAAGUCUGGCCACCGUUGGGCUUCCAAAUGCGAACCUCGCACGCCCAUCACACCAGGCUUGAAUAUGCCCUUCAACAGCGGGACAGUGGAUCGAGCAAAAUUGAUUCCAACAAGCGGAAACGAUAUGUCGUUCGGGUUUCUACCAGUCGCGCCAGGCAGUGCAACCUCACCCUUGUCACCUUCGUCCGGAUCUUUUGCCGGCCUAGAAAUUACACCAUGCGCCACCGAGGCAGGCGAUGAAUUCCGUGAAAAUGCGGAUUCUCGAUACAGAGCGUUUUCACGCGACAGUAGGCGGUUGGUGUCACACACGGACUACCGACCAGAUACCUACGGGUACACCAGGCCAGCCUACAGAAACCGAUCAGAGGCGGACGACCCAGGCUCUGAGAGCACACUGAUUAACGGACUACCGUAUACGCGGUCGACGCACUCAGUUAGUCUUCCUCAAACUGAUGAGAAAUCGGUUUUACACACAAUCGCCGCGCAUCCAAACUACGCCGGUCUCUGCUCCCAGUAAUGUGGCGUUUUGAUAGAUCAACAUUGUUGAGGCACGACGUGGGCAUUGUCUGUUUACACUUGAUUUAGGAAGUCGCAUGACAGGUAGGACAAACAAUCGGAUUCGAGAAACUGCAGACAAUUCGCCAAAAAGAAAAACAACAAAGGAAAAGACACAGUCCUGUCAACCUAUAGUCGAUGCAUGAUUUUCCUAAUUUUCUUUCCUUUUUCCUUUUUACUUUUCGUUAGCUCUCCUAUUUACCUAUUCCUCGUGUUCUAAACUUCGUUUUGUCCAUUGGGUAAUCCGAUUUUGUACGGCCGCGGCUUUCUUUCUUAUAGGCGGCGGGAUAAUUAACUAAUACCGGUGCUCAGGCCGCUUGAUUUGAUAUAC